AUGCCCAGUUUCGACAACACCUCUGACCCAGCCCUCGAUAUAACUUGCCAGAUCCCCAUUUCCCAAAUGACCAACGCCGAAUGCUUAAGGGAAAAAACCGCCGCCAUAAAUCUCUGCUAUCGUAUCGAAAGAGAACUAAAUCAUAACCUCGACGCCGGCAUGGUUGAAAAUGACUCGAGAAACGUAGAUUUGAACCGAAGGAUUCUGGCACUUGACAAUCGACGCCUAGAGAUUAACGACCAAAUCCUUGCGUUGGCUGUGGCUGCUCUGGUGAAUCCGCCCAAUACUGCACCUCAGCAUUAG